CCUCAUCUCCACUAUAUAUAUAUAUAUAUAUAUAUAAAAAGAGAAGCACACCACAAAAGGAGACCACGAUAAUGCAAACCAAAGCCACCAAGCAAAAAGGAGUAUCCCUCAAGAAAAGCUUCGAAUCUCAAAACCUUACAUCACAUGCAACUCACAAAACCCUAAACCUAAUCUCUUAAAUCGGCUAUCAUAUAAUCAAUCUCUCUCUCAAUUACUUCGUACUGGGAAAUUAAAUUAGAUUGAAAGAUUGUUGUGAGUCGAACUGUUUUACACGGAGACUAGACAAUGUCUGCAAUUGUUUGCGGCAAGAGAUCUUUCUUUGAUGAUUUACAAUCGCCGUCGCCGACUUCAGCGUCGCCGCCUGUCUCGAAGAAGCUUCGCUGUUCUUCCUCCACUUCUCCGGUUCGAUUCUCCGCUUCGCCGCCGCCGUCCACGUUCAUGGAUCAGCUGAGAGCUUUGUUUCCUAAUAUGGACAGUCAGCUUAUUGAGAAAGCUCUUGAAGAGUGUGGCAAUGACUUGGAUGCAGCUAUUAAGAGGCUACAUGAGCUUCACCUUGUGUAUGCCAAUGGGAAAUCAGUUACUGAUGGAGAGAUGGAUAAUGGAGAAAAACCAGCUAAUGGCCCAGAUGUCCGAUCUGAAGGUCCUUCUCUCCAGAAUAAUCUUCCAGCUGAUGGUGCAGAAUGGGUGGAGUUGUUGGUCCGGGAAAUGAUGAGUGCUACAAGCAUAGAUGAUGCUAGGGCUCGUGCCACAAGAGUGUUGGAGAGCCUAGAGCAAUCAAUCAGUGCACAUGCCGGUGCAGGAGCAGCUCAAAGUGUUCACAAGGAAAAUAUGAUGUUGAAGGAGCAAAUUGAGAUGCUUCUUAGAGAAAAUACCAUUCUCAAACGUGCUGUUUCCAUCCAGCAUGAACGGCAAAAGGAGUAUGAUGAUAGAAAUCAGGAAGUGCAGCAAUUGAAGCAGCUGAUCGCUCAAUAUCAGGAACAAUUAAAAACGCUUGAGGUGAAUAAUUAUGCUUUGAAAAUGCAUUUGCGCCAGGCUCAGCAAAGCAACUCUAUUCCCGGACGGUUCCAUCCAGAUAUCUUCUAGUGUUGAGACACAUUCUGAUAAAGAUGUGGAACAUACAAAGACACAGCCCGUUGGCGUCUUGUCAGCCAUGAUAUAGGAUGUAUUAAGCAAAUUCUAUACUACUAUUGUUUUUUAGAUUGAGAAAUGGUUUGCAUGUUGAGUUGAGGCCACUUUGGUUGAUGAUCCUGAUUAAGCAGUGUUGGAAUGGGCAUUAUCCAAAUGGUGAAGGCCUCAAAUGUGCUAGUAUAAGUGAUAUCAGGAAACUGGAUAUUAAAAUGUCUAAUUUCGUUUUCUGCUA